UGAGGAAGCAGUCUAGCUUGAUCUCCUUGGUGAGAAGGUACCGUGUGUUCGCUCCAACGGGAUUUCUCAGUGUGAGAGGCGGUCGUGCCUGACAGUUGGUGUUAAGUGAACUGCAUUAUUUGUCUCAUUUACGUGUACAAUGAAAAUAAAUAGCUAAAAGUGAAUGGAGUUUCAUGACCACUAGUGCUAUAGGGGGAUGCGAUGCUGAUCACCGAGUUUUGUUUGGUGCCAUCAGACAGUGGGGUAACCAAGAGAAGAGAGGUCGUGUAGGUGUCGCAAUGGGUCGUGCGUCGUCCCAGAGGGUGAGGGCGGCGACGGCGGUGGUGACGGCGACGGUACUGUUGUGUGCCAGUACACCUGCGUCUGCAAUACAGUGGCUGGCGUUGUCCCGAGUGACGGCGUUAGCAGUGACUCCCCGCGAACAAGUCACCCCGCAGGCCUGUGAGUCCUUCCAUGGCUCCUUGGUCCGCCAGCAAGUCCGCUUCUGCAAGGACAAUCCGGACUUCAUGGACUCCGUCAAGCGCGGCGCCAUCUGGGCCAUCGACGAGUGCCAGUUCCAGUUCCGGACGCGGCGGUGGAACUGCUCCACGCUCAACGACGAGACGAUCAAAGAGUACAAGAAGAGGAUGAAGCCCAAGAACACGCCAGAGACGGUGAUGGUGAGCAACAAGACGGAGCGCGCGGUUCCGGUGACCAGCCCGCCCGAGGCCCUGCAGUCCGUCAUGCCCAACUCGGCGUCGGCGAGAGACUCCUCCCCCCUCCCGAGGACCUCCGCCAGGCGACGCAGAGGCAAGAAGCGCAAAAAAUCCAAAGGCAAGCGCAAGACCGGGGUCGUCGGCUUGUACCCCAUUGUACCCCAAGGUACCCGCGAGGCGGCCUUCGUCCACGCCAUCUCGUCCGCGGGGGUCGCGCACGCCAUCACCCGCCGCUGCUCCUCCGGCGAGCUCGACGUGUGCGGCUGCGACCGGUCCGUGCGAGGCGUCACUCCGCACGGCUUCCAGUGGUCCGGCUGCUCCGACAACAUCGCCUACGGCGUCUCGCUCUCCAAGAGAUCGGAGAAAUCCUGAAGGAGAAGUUCGACGGCGCGACGGAGGUACGCCUGAAGGAGGUGACCGGGAGGGCCGAGCUGGAGCCCAACAAGCAGUACUUCAAGAAGCCGACGGAGAUGGACCUGGUAUAUGUGUCCUCGUCGCCAGAGUACUGUGACUAUGACCUCAACAGCGGCUCGCUCGGCACACACGGCCGCAAGUGCAACAAGACGUCGCGAGGCCUGGACGGGUGUGACUUGCUGUGCUGCAACAGAGGCUACGUCGCAUCACAGGAGCGGGUGAAGGAGCGCUGUUCUUGCAAGUUCCACUGGUGCUGCUAUGUCAAGUGCAGAACCUGUAUACGUGAUCUGACAGUCCACACCUGCAACUAGCGAUGAGAGACUGCCAGUAUUUAUGAGGUUUCACAUGUUAAGGAAGGAUUGGAUUCGUGUCACUCUUACCUGAACAUAGCAUAAGUUCUUGUAUUUAUGGGGAUAUUUGAUGGUUUAACAUAAUGAAGUGAUUCGUGUAAAUUGUUGGUAAUUGGGACUCUGAUUCGAAAAUACAUCAUUGUUGUUUCGAAUGGAAUUGAAUUCAGAUGCGAGUCAGUUUCCAAAGUGAACAGAUAAAUUACAAAAAAAAGAGAACGAAGCAAAAGUUGGACAUUAAAUGUUGUUAACAAAGUUGCUUAAUUUUUUCACUUGCGGAAGUUUCGGUAGGAAUUCUCUAUGUUGGUACGUGAAGAUCUUGUAAACGUUUCAGAAAUCAUAUUACUAUUUUAACUCUGAGCCAUUUAAGCCAUUUUGAUUCAUUACCCAUAUUGUAAAUAAAACCUAUAGUAUUAGAGAUGUAGUAUAGUUUAUAAACCCUUUAGUAUGAAAAAUGUGUAGACGGUGUAGGAUCAUUGAAAGAUCAAAUUUUGUACAGAUGUCUUCUGCUGAUUUUUAAUCUAACUGAGUCUGGUUAUGAUUAUUUUAUAAGAGUAACGGUCUGCUAUGAAACGAUAGUAUAUAGUGAGUAGUCCCUUCAGCUCCUCGUGUCUGUCUGUUUGUCUAUCUGUGUGUGUGUCUCGUCGGUUCUUUUGAUUGGCCAAAAUGCCUCCAGAGAUUCUUAUAAUUAUCGCUAACCUGAUGUAUAUAGCUCCUAUAUAGCAGUUAAGUUAAACUACUCCAUUCUGAGGACGUUUCAGCGAGAUCUAAGAUGCCCAGUUGCUCCAGAGCGACAAAAACGCAAGGAGAAAGCUGAACGACUUUUCUAUUCGCGUCUUUUUCCUCGUGUUUCCUUCUCCUUCUUUCUUUAUCUUUUACAAACGUGUUGAAUGAUUAUUUUGGUCAACAGAUACGACCUUCGCGUUGGCAACGUGUAAACUAAACGAAAACAAUAACAAUCUGUUCACUUUCUCUACAAUCUUUCUUGGUCCAUCUUGGGUGUCGUUGUUGCCCCCGUGUCGGCUACGUGGUAGUAGGUGACCCGAAAAAAUAUUUUGAUGUUUACAUAAACAAGAAUGUGUUGUUUGAGGACCAGACAAGUCGCGGAAAUGAGAAGGCGAGUUGGAGAGGUUUUGCAUAAUAAAUCCUCGCAGAGUCGUUGAGUGAGAAAUCUUGUGCAGCGGCCGAGAAGAUGAGGGAACUGGCCUUUCUUGAGAGAGGACUUCAAGAUCUGUUUGCAAAAGUUGUAGAAUGCGGAAGACUGCAGUGACUGGGAAAAUGCUUAUUCAUAACACCGAAUGUUGUCGAUGUUUAGUUUUCCACAUAUUAUCUAUAUAUACUAUUCUGAAAAAAUUAAGAUGAAAUCGGAAAGGAUUACAAGCAUACGGAAAAUUUUAAAAUUAAAAUGUAAUACAAUAACAGUUCCCACGACUGAAUCAACCGACUUGAUACAGUUGAAAUUCCGCAAUACAUUGGUAAAUAGACCCUAAAAUCUUCUCGGGACGUCCCUUAUCUGUGGAAAUGGGGCUGUACCUGUUAGAUGCUUUUACCUUGAGUGACGGGUGGAAUGGCGUCGAAACCUCAAGCCGAGGAUUGCGAAAACGUCAUUCACAUCCAAGAUAAGGUUGUACCGUACGUGUCAGUGGUUCCAUAAACAUAUAUUAUUGAUUUGUAUAAGUACAACAAUAGGAUGUGUGUUUUAAUGUCCCAAAUGAAAUAAAAUCCAAGAUUCACAUGUUUCACUUGGAAGCAUUGACACAUAUCUCUAUUCUUUAAAUUCAUUACGUAUCUCAUUUGUCAUCACUGAAGGCCUAUGUAUGCAACAUGCAACCAUCGUCAGACAUAAACUGUAAAAUAGAUUAAAAUUCCUGUAUAA